CAAACCGUCCUCCACGCGCGCGCGCAAGCUUCCCGCCAUCCCUCGGCCUCGUCCAUCCUCCACCUUCCCAGCAGAUUCGUCGCAACAGCCAUGGCCGCCAACCCAAACGACCCGCCGCUGGACGAGAUCCAAUGGCGCUCUCCGCCCCUCCUCGCGCAAAUGGGCGGCCUGCACUCCAACACGAUCCUCUUCUACUUCGCCGAGUCGCCCUUCUUCGAGCGCACUUCCAACAACGCCGUCAUCACCAAUCAGGCCAUGAACAACAUGUCCAUGUACCACUACAUCCAGACCCGCGAGGCCUUUGAGGGCCGCCUCAAGACCAUGUCCGGCCUCGAGUUCAUCGUCGGCGAGGAGCCCGCCGAGACGGGGCCCGGCAUGGGCUCCGGCGUCUGGGUCAUUCGCAAGCAGACCCGUCGGAAGCGCUACCAGGAGGAUGACGAGAUCACAGUGCAUGCGUCCUUUUUCGUGGUCGGGGAGAACAUCUACAUGGCGCCGACGCUGGCGGACAUUCUGGCGUCUCGAAUCAUGACGAUAUCUUCGGCCAUCGCCAAGGCCCUUCCAGAAGCAGAGAACGCACGCAAGUGGCGGCCGUCGACUGGAAACGUCUACUACCUGCCGGGAAGCCAGAGCCAAACUCGGACAAAAGGACAAACAUCGACCGCCGCAACACCCAUGCCUGAGAGCCAGCCCAGUCAACCAAGCCAGCCGAGCCAGCUCAAAUCCGCACCAGCGCCUCAGAAACACGACGAGCUAUCACUGGAGAGGGCAUCUGAGGAAGCAUUCCUCAUUCAUAUGCGUCACGGCGGAGAAUACAUCGACGAGAACCCCAUCACCGGCCGCCCGGGCGAGUUCCACCUCUCCUCCACCGGUCGCAAGGCGGUGCCGCCGCCCAAGGCAAGCGCCGAGUCAGGCAUAGGAGCCAUGAACGGGCCCACGGCCAUCAACACAAAGUUCGACGACAAGAAGGACGGCAAGGGAGAAAAGACGCCCAAGUCGGCGACGAUGCCGAAGCCCAAGCGUAGGAAAAGUCGGAUGAGCAACGUACCGACUCCGGCGCAGACCCCUGGAGCAUCUUGAGGCGGCUCGAAAACCUUGUUUUAUUGUGACGCGAUAUGAAGCGUCGACGUGGGGAUAUGGACAGCGUGUGAUUAUACUUGAUACCCCGGUACCUAGGCUACCUAAAUACAAGUCGAACUACUUCUAUACUGCUAGUGAAUCACGUAGCCGCCGUCCACCAACAAGUUCGCGCCGAGGAUGAAGGACGCCUUGGGGUUGGACAGGAAGAGCACCGCAUCGGCAACUUCCUGGGGCGUGCCUUUCCUCUUCAUGGGCGCUGUGAGGACGCCGGGGGAGUCCUCCGGGAUGUCGGCCGUCAACGGAG